UCAGUAAUGAACUGGUGUGUCACCUGGCCGGUUCUUCGUGUUGUGUUAUUGUACAUAUAUAUGAAAUUAAACUGUUACGUUUCUUAAGACUAUUGGCAUGUGGUUUAGUGCAUCGCAAAUUGAUUUCCUCAUUGACUAGAAGUCGAAAAGUUUAACAAAUAUUACCUAUUUAUUUUCGUCGUUCAAGUGGUCGCCUUUGGCCGACCCGCACAAUCCGCCCGCAACAUGUUUAACAUGUAUCGAAGGCGUUUUUAUAACGCCAAGGCGGGGGCGAUGAAUGGAGGUAGUUCCGAAGAGCUCGGCCACGAUCGCUUCAAUUACAUGAAUCCCAAUGUAAAUUACGACAAGUGGCCACGACGGCUGCGUCCUAAGAAAAAUUCCCUCAAAGUGGAACUCGAGGCACCUGAAAGUCCGCACUUGCUCGAACCGGAAGGAGGCAGUCGAGAAUUUGCUACGUUAGCAGAGGGCCACCAACGUCACUGUAACGGAUCCCUUCGCGAACAUCAACGGUUGCUGAGUUUGCGCUCCAGUCGCCAUAAGUGUAGCCCCCGAUGCAGAGUUAAAAGCCCGAAGUCGUCGUCACAGAAUUUGAGUACGGAGGCCUUGGUCAAGGUUUUCGCUUGCCUAGGAGUUCAAGAGAAUGGACCAGCCAGCUGCAACGGCACGUCCCCGGUACUCUCUUCUUCCAGUGGCUGUGUCCUCGAGCGUGAGAAGCUCAGAGGAAACCAGCUCAAACGACCAAAGAGGCUCAGCGUCUUCUCCGCAUCUCUUUCCUCCAUCAGGUAUUCGUACCGCACGAAAGAGAGUGCAAGUAAUGGUUCGACGGCGGUCGGCAGCAUGGUGGAUGGUGAGGAAAUGGCCGGCUGUCUUGGUGGAUCUAGCGGAAAUGGCGCACAUGAUGGCAGUAGCGGAGCAGAAUGCAUCGAACUCUGUCAUAUGGAAAGAAGGAUGUCGAGAGCGAGAGGAUCGGAUAUAAGAGAAUUGGCUACCAACAUCUGCCGUCAAUACAUUCGCUCUUCAUCACGCUAUCACUUGCUCGACCACUUAAAGGACAUAGGAUCAAGAAUCGACAAGCAGUGGUUCAUGAUACGCGAUGACUCGCUGAAAACUGAACGACUUUUGACAAUAGUGCCACUGACUGGAUCACCCGGUUACGGUUGUGAGGUCACUACAACUGAUGCGGAUGCAACCCGCAACGCCCUUAUCGAUCUCUUCACUGCUCUCCAACACCCAUACAUAUAUCCAGUUUUGGAUGUGGAUUUUGUUUACGGUUCCGUUGCGUCAACGAAUUCACCUUUCUGUGAAGAGGCUAAACCAGUUCUCGUGGCCGUCUUUCCUUUUAAUACCAAAGGAUCGCUCAAGGACCUCAUCUACAGAAGUCGCUGGCAAGAUGAUUGGGGUCAGAAAUAUUGUCAACGAUCUGAGGGAUUGCCUCUUCUUCAAGUCCAACGAUUGGGUCGCCAAAUCUUAGAGGCUCUCCUCUUUCUCCAAGAGCGAGGCUUCCCUCCUUUCGGACAUUUGCAUUCUGGGAAUGUCAUUAUCCAAAACGGUGUAGCCAGGUUGACGGGCUUCGAGAACACGCUGUUAGGAUUUUCGUCUCGGAUUCAUCCUAUGGUCAAGAGCAUCCUGCCCGGCACACCCGCCGUUGUUGACACCAUCUGUUUUGGUCACGUCCUGUUUGAAAUGUGCAGCGGAUACGAACUCUAUGCUCCCAAACCGACGGCCCGACACUUGGAGGAUUUACAGUCUUAUCCGCAGGUUAUUGAAGUCUUGGAUUACAUCUUCAACAGUCCGGGUGAGGAAUACCCAACGAUCGGGAACCUAGCCAUUCUCGAGUUCUUCCGCAACAUCGAUCUCCGAGAAAUGAGAUGCUCGACGAUAUACUACAACGCCAAGUUGACCCGCGCGGCCUUGAAUCUUCUAGAACAGGUGCAACAAAAACGACACAGAAAAGAGAAACUGUUAUCAAAGCAUCACAAAUGCUAUCGAUAUCACUCCACUCCGUCGCCAAAAUUGGAUUCAGCCUUCUCAGCGACUGAAGUUCCUAGCUACAGUAGGAGGCAGAUUGAAGUUCAUUCAAUGGAAGGCAACAGUCAUCCAAAUAUGGAGACAGAAGGAAACAACGGAAACGAUGCCAACACCUUACCGCAACAAUGGAAGCCACCGAAAGAUUUGCCAAAUCAACCUGAUGAUGCUGAAAAUCUAGAACAGGAAGAACAAUGGAACAGCGGCGGUGAUGUGAUCCGGUCGCAGAGCAUACGCUCUGGCCUGACAUUGAAUCUAAGCAAUAACGUUCAUGGCGGACACAUGGUCCGCCCUCGGUCCACCGUGCCUACCAGUUGCAUCUCGCCGUCCAUUAUCUCCUCUUUCAUUUCGCUCGAAGCAUUUGGUGCCAACAACGAAAAACGACAGCAUUCGACCGGCACAUUCAGCGCUAAUGUCCAAGCACAAAAUAUUUAUUGCUCGGAUGACUCUUUUCAAACACCACUUGAGUCACCUUGCGCCGAGCAAAAGCACUACUUUCCCGUUGAUCACGCAGAAGACCAGCCCUUGGUGAUGGUGCUAACUCCGCCCGACGCCAGUGAACCUGUUCUCAUCGAAGGUUGAGUUCACUUGCCAAUAAUAGCUAGCCUAAACUUUUAUUGAAUUUCUUUUUUAAACAAAUAAAACUAUAUUGUGAGACGGUUUCCGUUAGCUUUAAAAUUACACCGCAGUCAUUGAUACACAA